AUGGUAUCGCCAAAGCCAGAGGCCUACCACGACGGCCUCUACCACCUCGCCGCCGCCGCAGAGUCUUCGCCCUCGCCACAGCCCAACCACUAUCCCGAUGCACACUCCUUUGGCCCCUACCAUCAGCAGCAGCAUCAGUAUGCUCCCAUAGCCGCUGGUCAUCGCCCCAUGCACCCACAACAACCACAGUACAGAUACUCCGACCGCAUGUAUUCGCCUUCCUCUGCCUCCGUCCCCUCCACCUCUUCGGGCUCAGCCGCGCCGCCCAAGCCCACUUCAGACGACCCCACCCUUCGCAACCCCAACGCCGACGCAGCCGCCGCCGCCAAGGAUGCAGCCGCAGCAGCAGCAGCAGCAGAGAAAAAGAUCUCGUGCAUGGAAUGCCGCCUCUCCAAGGUAAAGUGCUCCGGCGGCGACCUCUGCACGCGCUGCAAGCGUCUCGGCAAGGAGUGCUUCUACAAAUCGCACAAGCGCGGCAGAAAGUCGGACAGCUCCAAGAUCCAGAAGCUCGAACGCACCGUCGACUCGCUCAGCCGCGCGCUCGAGCACUUCUCCAAGAACAAGAUCGCCGUCGCAUCCCUCAGCUCCCAGUCGCCCGACGCCGCCGCAGUGCACAGGAUCAUCUCGCGGGCCGGCGUCGCCGACUCGGAAGACGCGUCGUCUCCGGAUGCGUACUGGAAGGCUGCGGACCCAGCUCGCAACGCCAAUCUCUCAUCGUCCUCCGCCAAUGCCAUGUCGCCGCCCGCGCAUUCGCCGCGUGCGCCCAGGCCUAACGCUUACCGCGACCCGCCGGUGCAUGUGCAUCGCCGGCCCUCGGAGGUGUUCCGCCAGCGCUCCACCUCGGCCACCUUCCAGACGCCGCAGAGCAUCGCCUCGGCCACGCCCACCUCCGACGACCCAGACGAGCCCGAGAAUCUCGGCCUGCCCACGCUCUCCAAUCCGCUCAAGCUGCUCGCCCAGGCGAGCGACUCGGCAGCAAGAGACCGCGACUCGGCCAACGAUCCCUCCGACCGCGCCACCUCGUCCGACAACAACGACGCCGCUUCGCCAAACGAUGCCGACGACGCCGCUUCCGCCAGCGGCGCAGACGCUCGAGACCAAGCCAACACCAAAUCAGCAUCUUCGACGGGCAUUGUCGCGGGUACGGCGGGGACGCACUCGGCAGCCGAUCGGGCUGGCAUGGCUACCGGCUCUUCCUCGGCGAAGCGCGAUCGGCCGGACCACGCAGGCCAGCCCAGCCUGUUCGCCACCGCGUUUGGCUCGGCCACCACCAACACCGUGUCGCGCUUCGGCCCCGGGCGCGGCAAGGCGUUCUUCGACAUGGGCCUCUUCACCACCAAGCUCGACAAUCUGGCGCACUUUGAUCCCAUCGACCGCGGCUACCUCACGCUCGCCGAGGCGCAGAGUCUGUACGCCGUGUUUAUGCAGUACAUCAAUCCGGCGCUCACGCUGCUCGAUCCGCAUCUGCACACGUUCGACUAUGUGCGUUCGUCGUCCGCGCUGCUGCUGAGCUGCACGUGCUGGAUCGCGGCCAAGUACCGCGUCGAGGCGAGUCAGAUCGCGGCGGACCUCGAGAUGCAUAUCCGCUCGAACCUGCUUCCGACCAUUCUGAUGGAGGGGUUCAGGAAUGCAGAGAUUCCGCAGGCGCUAAUUAUUCUCGCGGCGUACCAUCCGCAGAUGAACACGCUCUCCGAGGAUAAGGCGUGGGCGUAUGUGGGUUUCGCUAUCCGCAUCGCAAGCGAGCUCGAUAUGAAUAGCAGGAUCGCUACAAGGCCGAUGAAUCGCCAGGAUGAUGCGGGGUUGGCGAGGAGGUUGAGGAAUAGGGAGAGGACCUGGCUCAAUUUGUGGCUGUUCGAGACGAGCAUGAGCCAGCAUAUGGGUAGGAGGCCUACGCUGGCAAACGAUCCCGUGGUGAUGGGGUGUGCGCACUGGCAUCUGGACAAGUUUGCGCUGCCCGGCGAUAGGGCCAUGGUGGCAGUGGUGCAGCUGCGCCUGUUGAUGCUGCGCAACACGCAGCUCUUCGAAAACUUUGUCGAUGUCUCGGCAACCCAUCUGCCGGCAGAGCGAACCGCCAAGCAGGUGGAGCUUUUCCGUCGUAUUUGUGCGUCGGACCUCGAUACGUGGUUGGCGACCUGGACGGGGCCUUCGCCUCGCAUCUCGGCUGACGAUGCGCAAACCUCACCCGCAGGGACGGUGGCAUCCGAAUCCAGCACAGCCGGCUCGGGCUUGGCCAAGCCCGAUUUGCCCCCGACGCUGUCGCGCAUCCAGAGGCUCAAGCUGUACUACUGGUAUGCGCGAUUGAUCCUCGACACGAUCGCGCUCAAGUGCAGCCAUCUGGGCCUCGAGGUGCUCCGGCCGAUCUACAAGGACGCGUAUGCGUGCUGCAUGGCGUACCUCGGCCUCUUCGUCGCGACCAUGGUGCCCAACGGUCUGUUCUGGGGCCACAACUCGACCGUCGUCACGCCGGCCUACUGCGCCAUCUUUGCGCUGCGCAUCGUCGGGCUCAUUUCAACCUCGGCGGGCGCCGCGAGUCUGCAGGUAAAGUCGCUACCCCAGCGCGAGUCGGCGCAGGCGGAGGAUCUGGGCAUUGACAUUGAUGCAGAGUACACGUUCGAGAUGGUCGAAAAGGUGGCCAAGGUGUGCGAGGAAGCGGGCAAGGCUACGCCGCACAGGAGGGCGGCCGCGGGAAGCUAUGCGUUUUUCCUGUUUACCGUGCUGGCCAAGGCCAAGUCGGCGUGGAGGGCCAAGCAGAACAAACAGCCCGAGAGGGACGAGGGUGGAGAGGGCAAGAAGCGCGCGCGCGACGACGAGGACAAGGGCGCAAGGCAGGGGAAGAACGCCAAACUGCGCACGGGCAGCAGGGAGCGCAGCGGAAAAAACACAGGCGCGGCGACGGGUGGCGGAAGGGGGAAAGGCGAUGUGAAGAAUGGCGAUGCGCCGGGGCACAGUGGCUCGGCAGCGGCAGAGGCAGUGGCUCACGGUGGAGUGGUGGUGGCGCCGACGCAGGCAGGCCAGGACGCAACGAGCGAAAGCGACCACCACUUCCUGCGCCAGCUCAUGCAGUUCCAAGCGGGUCCCAGCGGUGUACAGACCGCACUCGUGUCGAGUUCAACACCCGCGCAUGGCCAGCACGCCCUGAACGCCGCACAGCAGCAUCACGCCGCGUCUGCGUUCGAGUCGUUCACCCCUGUAUCGGGCGAUGUUGCGCCGGAGUACACCGCGCAUCUUCACGCCCCGCACGGCGCCAUGGAUGGGGCGGGUAACGGCUUUGCGCCCGACUUGAACGAGGCCAUGGGCAGUGCGGCCGGAAUGGGCGUAGAGAUCGACUGGGACUUUGGAAUGCUCGACGGCUUCCUCGGCGAGUCGCUCUUUAGCGAUAUGAGCUUCAUCUCGUCCUCGGCCGGCGCCAACGGCAACACUGCCAGCAACACUUAG